GGGAGCCGAGCUGCGGCGCUGGCCAAUGGGGUGGCACGGCGCUGCCGUGGCCGCUGAGGUCAGUUCCGUCGCCGCGGUGGGUGGUGGGGCGUGUUGAGGUGGCGGCGGCGGGGGGUUCGCCCGCGCCCUCGCUGGGUGCUGCAAGUUGAUUGAAUAAAAUAAAGAACACGGAAUAUAAUAUGGAUGCAGUUGCUUGAGUGCCGUUUCUUCCCAAGUGUAUAUUCUGCAGAUUGGUGACCUGAAUGAUUGAUAAGCAACAUACACAAGACUAAUACCAAGACGACAUUCUGUCUGUUGCUGCUGUGUUUGACAAAACUGGUGCUGACUCACAUCUUCUGAAAUGCAGUUGAAAAAAAUGAGGGAAAUUUUACCAACGUUAUACCCUGGCCAAGUUAAUGAUAAAAAUAAUUCCUUAACUACAUCCCCAAAGCAGUCUUCAGAGGAUAAAGUGAAUCCAUCCAAAGGGAAUGAUGACCAGAACUGCUGUUACCAAGGGACUGAGGCCGAGAGCAAUAAGGUGUCACUGAUAAGCUGUAUAAAGUGCCAAAGUGUUCAGAAAAUUGCAGUGCAAGAUAUAGAAAAGCGUAAGGAGCUUGGGUGGACUGAAGACAAAAAUUUCAUCUGCAAGAAGUGCAGUCACCUUCCACCAGCAGCUUUCCAUUUUGUUCCUGAAGGUGCCAAUGCUGUAGACUUUCAAAAACGAGAAAAAAAAUCUCCAAGUAAACCCCAGAAAACAUUUAAAGUUAAAAACUUUCUGCCGGGUAAAUACUACUGUGAUAAAUGCAGAUUUUCAACAAAGGAUCCGUUACAGUAUAAAAAGCACGUAAGUCAACAUGAAGAAAUUAAAUUUAUUUGUUCCCAUUGUAGCUACAUAUCUUACACCAAAGGAGAAUUCCAGAGACAUUUGGUGAAGCACACCGGAACUUUUCCGUAUCAGUGUAAGUACUGCGAAUAUGGUGCUGUUAGACAUGACUACAUAGUAAAGCAUACGAGAAGAGUACAUGAAACACCCACAAAACGACUGUCAAAUAAUGCCGUAAACCACAAGCAGAAGAAGCCAACUCAAAGCACUUUAUUUGAGAAGCUGAAAUAUGAUAAAAUUCCUUUUCAGAAUGAACAUUCAAAUUCGUCUUCAAAUAUGGUUUGUCACAUUCCACGUAAAGCAACUAAAAGGGCCAGUUUGUCUCAUGAUGUAGAAUGUACUGUAAACACAGCGCCAGUCCAGGAUAAACCAAUAUUAGGGCCAUCUGAAAUAGGCAUAUGUGAGAAUCAAAGUGUGGAAGUCGAGGUUUAUUCUCCAAAAACAGAGUCUUUACAACCUGGAAUGCCUUUAACAGUAAUUGCACCAUCUGAAUUUGUAGUUCCUUCUAACUGUUUAGCUCAAAUAGUAGAGAUUAAAAUAGUGAAUGGAGCACAACAACUUGUUCUUAAAUUAAUCCCUAUGAAAGAAGCAACUUGUAAGCCUGCAAACAGUGCUGAAGAACAACUUGAGAAUCAAGGUAUAGAACAGUCUGCAGAAGGAAAAAAAACAUCUUCUGUAUCUCAAAAUGAGUUACUAAUGAUGGAAGUGAAUGUAGACAAAUUAUCCAGUGUCACUAACCAGCUUAAUUUGGAUAAUACACAUGACAAAAAUUCUGAAUGUCUUUGUUUUUCUGAUUCUCAACUCUUGGACUGUAACUCUGUAUGUAUACAGAGGGAAGAUGCAUCAAAAUUAUGCUUUCAUUUGGUAAAGGGUAUUGAUAUCCAUUCAGGUGUUAUAGAACUUUGUUCUCCGUCUCUGGUGAUGAAUAAUACGGAAAAAAAAAGUGAUUUUAAAUCCUCAAGGUGGAAAGUAGAUGGAAAAAAUAACUUACAUUAUGACUUGCAUUGUUACGAAGGUGUGGAUAUAUCCCCUCCAAAAUAUGCUGCUAUUUCUGAAGAUGAAAGUUCCAAGAACGCUUCAGUAGAGGCUGGUCAGGAGGGAAAAAAUUCUUCUGCAGUCAUUAAACAAAAGGAUACAUUGCCUCUAAAGAGGGAUGACAAAGAUGACAAAGAAUGUAGGAGUCUGCCAGUCAGCUUUACAGAAACACAUUUAGCUGGUAAGGGUUUUGAUGAAAAAUCUGUUACAUCUUCUGAAGCAGGAAAAAACUUCUAUGUCACUAAAACUCCACCUUGUGAGGCCAUGACUUUUGGCUUUAGCAAAGUAAAGAGAGCUGGAACCAUAAGUCAAAAGAACGCUCGUUGUCUGGAAUCAUUAGAGCUACAGAAGAAGGAAAAUAAAGGCAAUCCUUUUGAGGGACCUGUUAUUUCAUCUGUAUUUUCUCUUAGCUCUGGGACUGAAAAUGUUCCAGAGGGUGUCAGAUGGGAUGACUCAACAUGCAAUAAGAAGUCAGCAACAUUGCUGUGUAGAAAGAUUGCUCAGCUCAUGUCUGCUGCUGAAUCUAACAUGAAGUCCAUGCCAUUGAGAUGUCAGGCUUCUAGUAAAAAAGUGGUUUCCCCUCAAGAAAAUUCAGCGAGCUGUGAGAGGGCUGUUUCUGCCUCUGAAGUGGAACAGCCUGCAUCUUUACCUCAAGUGCAUGGUAGAAACAGUGUGAUGAGUAGUGAAGAACCCAGUAAAGAUCAGCUGCUUACAUUUGCAAGUACAUCUAAAAACAGGGUAACUAAAAAUUCCCAUGUUGCUACUCCAGUGUUUAUCCCCAAAGGGACAAUGCUGAGAGUGCUGAAUGCAACUAACAGUCAAAACUCAGAUGGAAUAGAAAACAAGAGUGAAACAUCAGCUCCUUCUGUGUAUUGCAAUGAAAUGUUUCUGCCUCGCCCAGUUCCUGUCAGUGUUUCUGAGACAGUUAGCAGUAAUUUGCCAUGUUUACCUAAUCAGAAUGAGAUGAAUUCAGAGUCCCGAAGUAUAUCACUCAGGAAAAGGCCAAAGCGAGAGGCAAGUGUUAAAAAUAAUAACAAACAAACUGCUGUGCUGUUGCAGAAAAGCAGUAAUGUGAGUAAGCAGAGCAAACCCUAUUCAAAAAGUCAAAUAGGUCCCAAAAACAAGGCAAAACAAGCAAGCUUCAGGGAACUUCCUAAGAGGAAAACAAGAACACAGUCAGAAAACAGUUCAAGUUCUGACAUGUCGUAUCUUUUGACAGCAAGACGUCUUCGGCUUAUUCCUCUGAGAACAAAUCAGUUGAUAAAAUGCCCUCGUCGUAACCAGCCAGUUGUGGUACUAAACCAUCCUGAUGUUGACACGCCAGAGAUAAUUAAUGUCAUGAAGACUAUCAACAAGUAUAAAGGUCAAGUAUUGAAAGUAGUUUUGUCAAAAAGGACAAGUAGUUGUCUUGGUGUCAGACGUUAUCGAAAGCGUCUUACUCUUCAGAACGUUGAGACAGGAAAUCAAGCAAAAAAGCGGAGUAUGCUAAAAAUGAAACUAAAAAAGACCCAUAAAAACAACUAUCAAGUGGUGGAAACUUCACCAGCUGAAACACUUCAGUGUCUGUUUAAGUGUUGGUUUUGUGGAAGAGUAUAUAUGGACCAAGAAGAAUGGAUAAGUCAUGGACAGAGGCACUUGAUAGAGGCAACCAAGGGUUGGGAUGUUCUUUCUCUUCCGUCACAGAAGCAUUAAGUGAGAGACUAGUGGAAGGUUCCCCUAUUAUUUUUGAGUGCCACUAACUUGCUUGGAAAGGAAAGUUCAAAUAACUGCUUUAUUUUGCCAAAAGGUGUGUACUGUGAGCAAAGUGGAAGAAGAGAGCAAAGGUAGAAAUACAGAAAAGCUGAUAGGAUUAAGCACUACUUUGCACUCUCGUGUUUGAAAACUGUAUUGGAAUUCAUCUGUCCAUAGGAGAAAUUCGGAAAAGAUUUGCUAUGCAAACAUCUUUCUAGUUACCAUUUUGUGUGUGCUAGGAUACUGUGCUGUAACUUGUCUGUGCUAGGUCUGUGUGGAUUAAAAUCCUAGAUGAUGAUACCUUUUGUAAAUUUAACAGGGUUUAGAUUGUUUUAGUACAGCGUAGUGUUUCAGAAAUUGAGCAUACAUGUACUGAAAAGCACUUCUGAUCCUCUGUGGGUAGCAAUUGUGUAUGAUAGGUUUUAGUGGCAAGUUAAGCAUCACAUACAAAAAGUAAAACUUAAAAGGAAGUACUCUGUUUCAGUGAAACAAAACCACUUCUGCUGACUUCAGAGGAGAUACAGGGGCGCAAAUGAACAAUCUGUGGUAUCAGUGUUACAGUAGCUCAGAUAGCUGUGAAAAGUUUAAUUUUGUUUAGUACUUAGUACCUAGCCUGGACUGGGUAGAUGUGAGAGAGCACAACGCUGUGAGCUUUCUGUACCAUCUUUGUUCUGAACAGGAAGAGCUGGAAUAUUGUCAGGCUUGGACUGAUAGGAGUGAAGCUUUUCACUGUAUGAACUCAAGGCUGUUCUGAAAUCUAAGGAAGUAAUAGCCAAACAUAAACUUUCUAUCACCAUGUGUGUAUAGCCUGAUAGAAACACGUUUACAUAAUUGGUCAUUUGGUUAGAACUCUAGUUGGUGAGUUAAUGCAUAUUUACAGAGGGAACUUGCUGAAGGUGAAGACUUUCAAAAUGACAAAUGAUGCUGCACAGCUUUUACAUUGACAGUGUUGAACCAGAUUUUCAGUGCAAUCUUUCAUCCUUCUUAAUCUUAAGAAUUUAGAUAUUGUUAGAAUAUAUUUUUUGUAGGUCUUAAUUCAUACAGGCAUGUGUCUAGUUACAUAUGUAUGUCUAAUGUGUAUCUACCGACUUCAGUGUAAGCAUCACUCAGUUGUUUAAACACUUUAUUAUAUCAGGGCCAAAUUUGAAGUUUUUAGUGAAGAAGAGGGGUGGAUGACACUGAAGUCUAAUGUUUCUGUACAUGAACAGUAUGUGUUUUUAUUCAUCUUGUCAAUUUUAAAUAAUUUUUAAACCAUAUAGGAUGCAGUAUUUUGAAGCACAUAUUUACAGUUAAAAUAGCUUCUUACAGUUUUACAGGUAAGAAAAUCAAUACUGACUCUAAUGCUGGAUGUGUGUUCUAUGUUUUAACUGGGACUACACUUGAAAAGCUCGUGGUCCCUAACUGUUUUCACUGUUGGUGCAGUUUUGUAAGCAGUUUAAGCUGGGAAUAUUUUUUUAAUAUACUUCAUCACAUUAUACAUUGUUUUGAUAAAGUAUUGUGUCUGCAUUGAAAUGUAUAUAUUUUAAAACUACAUCUGACUGAGGCUUAUUUUCAAAACUAGCUAAAAUGUUGCUUUCCCAUCAUUUUGCAAUACAGUGUUAAAAGUCCUUCAGAUAGUUGGUGCUUUAAGACAGAUCUUUUUCAUCGUGUACACAUGGAAAACUUUUGUAUUAUUUGUAUCAGACUAACCUGUUCCACAGAACAAAUUUUCUUUUGUCAGUUUUGUCAAGAAAAAUGAAAUGACAGUUCUCAUUUUGUAUUCAAAUGGAAUUCUAUUUUUUUAGAUAAGUACACUGAGGGUUUUUUUCACUUCAUAUACUUUGAUGCCAAACUUAACAGUACUGUUUGCAUUUUCAGUUGUGAAAACAGUUUCCGUUUUACAAUUACAGCAUGGCACAUGUAAUAAAUAUUGGAAUUGUUAACAUAAUUAAAAACAGUGGUUAAAAUUACUCCUUUGUUUUAACUCCUUCAGUUCAGGUUCCUGUCUGAAUGAAUUUGUUUCUGUAGAAGCUACUAAAUAAAUAGUUUUGAAUUUGC